AUGAAUUCAAACGCAUUGCGGGCGUAUUUUAGGGCGAAAGGGGGAGAAAUUGGAGGUUUCGCAAAUCGGCCUAGGGUGCAUCGUCUUUUUACUGAGCUGGAGCCAUCUAUUACUGUCACCGAGCAAAACCUGGCAGACCGAGUUCGGUAUAUCUUACGCUCAAAUAUAUUUGAUGGCGCCGAAAUCGAACGGCUACGACGUGAGGCUGUUCCCUCAUCAAAUGAAAACGCUACGACUGAGGGUGCGGUGCCACAAGUUGCAGAACAACCCGCACACGUGGAUACCGCCGAGAAUACCCCAGUGGUUGCUGAUUCAAAUGAUGAUGGAACAUUCACCCAGGAACUAGAAAUAGAGCAAAUGAGGAGUACAUUGGAAGAGGCGAUUAUGGAAACGCGCAGUACGCCUCUCGAAAAUCGACCGCGACUUCCCCGCAUAGCCCUAAGCAAGCGGAAUCGGGCUGUCGUGAGGGCUCUGAACCCAAUGCUGGUGACCUAUUUGGAAGCCAGCCGGGACCUUUGCGAGACGGACUCAAUUCUCUUUGGCGCCGCACUGGCAGUCUGCCGUAUUAUAGGCGCCAAACUUUCCACGGCUGGACGCACUACUGGACAAAGUAGUGCUAUCCCAGCCUGGAGAACAAGAAUUGAAGAACGUAUCGCAAAGGCUAGGGCCCUCAUCGGCAGACUGAUAUGCUUCAGGUCAGGCAAUACCAGGCCAAAGGAUUGUGCGCACCGUCAGGAUGGCGUUUGCUGGGACAAAUGUUAG